AAAAUUGAACUUUUCAUCCUUCGAUGUAACAGGAUGGUUACUUUAUUGAUCCAUUUAAGAAAAUAUGGAAUUAUCGACCUAAUUUCUUAACUUCCAUAUAGACAUUUUCUUAACUUAUACAAAAUGGAUGAUUUUUUCCUUAUUAUUUUAACAUGAUUACUAACUGAUUUUCUGGACUGUUGUAGUUUUCCCCCUUUAGACUUUGGUAAUGAUUCCUCAGCAGAGGAUUUAGGUGAAACAUUUGCCAUCACUUCCUCUUCAACAAUCGUAUCUUGGCCUUUUGUACUCCUUUCUGUAUACUGUAGCCCCAUUAUUUUUCUUUUGUUCAUACUCCAUGACCUACUGGAAUAAAUCUUCUUCAAUCUUGAUAACAUUAAAUCAUGGGUAGCCUCAGCUGCAUGUUUCUGCUCCAUGUAAACAGAAAUACGUGAAUUUGUGUGUGAAAUCUUUUCUUUGGCUCUUCUUGUUAGGGCGUAGUAUUUUUCAUUUGUAAGCUGGACAACGUCUCUGUGAUUUUCUGAAAGCUUGAUCUGUUGAAGAGCUUUGGCAGAAGAUUCUUCCACGGCAUCUAACUCCAGCAGUACAGCUGGAAGAGUGAGCUGCAAAGUUUGAACUGACUGCUUCCUUAGAUUCAGGGUUUGCCUCAGUUUUGCUAGUGUUUACUUUUCUUUGUUUCUCUCGAGUUUGAGCCUUUCCAUUUCGUUACGCAUGUGGUCCAAAGUUUGAUUGGUUUCUUGGAUCAUCAAUUCUGUCUGGAGUUGCUCCUCUCUUAUGGAUUUGAUGCUCUUGUGUAUGGUCUUCAGCUGGGAUUCCAGCUUCUCAGUGGCAGUUUUUGAUGCAUUUUCACUUAGUUGAGCAUCAGCAAGAUUGGCUUUCUGUUUUUCAAGUUCGUCUAUGAGAGGCUCCGAGUCAAGCCAGGAUUGCAUGGAACUCUCCUUAGCCCUAUUGAGCUCUUCCUUUGCCUUGGCUAGCUCUGCUUUUGCAUUCUCCAGAAUAAUUCCGUGGUUGCCUUUCCCUUCUGGUUCUUUGUACAUGACUCUGAUGUUCCCUCGUUUGACUUGAUGAAACCUUGGAUAGGCAUAAUGUUCAAUCAUUUUUGGUCUGGAAUGCUAUAUUUAUGGGUUGCAGGGAGUGGCUAAAACUAUAAUGUGGCGACAAUUACAUGUUGAAACUAAACUGUCAUUUGGGAUUUCCAAAGACCGUUGUCGGUACUUUGCAUGUUGAUGAGAUACCUAUGAAGCGUAUUGUUUAUGACGGUUCAUUUGUCCUCUAUGUUUGUAUUUUGCUUGAUUGCAUAUUAUGCUGCGUGAUGAGGCCAGCGUUCGAGCGUCGUCUUAGCCCAGACCAAUUUACCCAAGACGGUUGUAGCAGUCACAUUACGUUAUAGUACUUUUAUAUAGUAACUUCAUCACCUCGGAAUGAUUGUGGCUUUUGAGUGAACUUGACCAUUAAUUAACAAUGCUGCCGUAGAGUUUGACGUAACCAUAAGGAAUAAUUGAUUUUUGAAUGUAACCAGUUCAUACUAAAUAGUUAGCCCCACAAUAAUAAUAAUUAUUACAUUUUGUGACUAGUGAGACGUCAACCCAAAAUGUAUAGUAUAUUACAGAGCAAUAACAGAAAGGAAGCAACUAGGAACUAAAAAAAUGAAAAUAUAUUAAACUAAUGUUCUUUCUAACCUAACACAUGUUAGCAACGACAAAAGCGAAGCAAUUAGGAACUCAAAAUAUAUUGAAACAUCAGCGAAGUAACGAGGAUAGGAAAGUACAAACAGAACAACCACACUAAAGUUCACGCAUAUACCACGUUCUUUUUCUUCUUUCUUCAUCUUAAUUUGUGGUUCAAAUUCUUGUAGUCGCUUCUUCGCUCAGAAUGGCCGUGUCUUCCUCCACCGUUUCCCUUCCCAGCUAUCCAGAUUCAGAUUAUGCUGAGAUUUUUGUGGUUCGUCAUGGUAAAACAGCAUGGAAUUCUGAGGGAAGAGUUCAGGGACAAGUGGAUAUUGAUUUAAGUGAAAGUGGAAGAAAACAAGCAGUUGCAGUUGCUAAUAGACUAUCCAGCGAACCAAAAAUCUCUGCUAUAUAUUCUUCUGAUCUGCAACGGGCUUAUGAAACAGCACAGAUAAUUGCAGUAAAAUGUGGAGGACUAGAGGUUGUGAAGGAUUUGGACCUACGGGAAAGACACAUGGGGGAUCUUCAAGGCCUUCGUUAUCGAGAAUUAUCAAAGACUAAUCCCAUAGCUUAUGAGGCUUUGGUGUCAAAGGAUGAUGAGCGAGAACUCCCUGGUGGUGGAGAAAGUUUUGUUCAACUGUUUGAACGCUGCAAAUCUGCAUUGCUGAGAAUUGGAAGAAAACAUAAAGGGGAACGAGUUGUGGUUGUGACUCAUGGUGCAUGCAUCGAAACACUGUACAAGUGGUCGAAUGCAAAAGGAAGCUAUGCAGGGAAAAUAGACAAUACAUCAGUCGCUGUUUUUGAGUUGUAUGGUGAGGAUAAUUGGACUUUAAAAACGUGGGGUGAUGUUAGCCAUCUCACUCAAAAGGCUCACACAACUUCUGCUUAGGUUAUAACGAUUCAAAGCAACUCAUGCAGUUUUUGCUACAAAUGGUGUUGGGCAAUUCAUGUUUAGAAAACCAACUAUAAAUAACCUUUGUAUUUUCGGAGUAUGCAAAUGUAUGAUCACUGUUAAGGAUAAAGAUGACAAAUUUAUAUUGUUUUGGGAGAACAAUUCAUCAAUCAACAUGAAGUUGUUUGGC